AUUAGUCUAAUCAAUUAUGUCAUCAGUCCAAAAUCCAGAUCCUCCCUAAUCUCCAAUCCUCCUUUCCUCUCCUUGCAAAAAUCCACACACACAAAAACAAAUAAGGUGGGGGAAGAAAAAAAAUCCUCUGGAACAGGGAGCGAUUCGUAAUUCUUAUCAUCAUGUGUCGGUGGCUGUACCCGUCCUACUUCCGGUGGCCGGAACUCGGUCUCUCCCUGCCGCUAUCCAGCUUCCGAUGGCCGGACUUCGACUUCUCGUCCUACCUGAGAACGGGAGCGUGGUGGAGCCACCAGCCGAUCAGCCCCCUCCGGUGGCUGGAAUUCUCGAUCGACGAGAUCCUCUGGAGCUUGGCGACGGCGGUUGAGUCGGUGGCUCUCGUGGCCAUGCUCUGCUACUUCUUCCUCUUCUGUGGAUGCACUCUGUGACGACUUGGAGGAAAAGAUCGACGGCGCAUCCUAUUGGAGAGCUCCAAACUUGUCUUCCAUCGCUUCAAUUUCGUUUGUCUUCUCUGUGUAAAUACUUAGGAUGAUUACACGCACCAAUUCAAUCAUUUGAUUGCUGUUAGUUAAUCUGAAGUUUUAUAAUCCUGAUUAGCACUAGAAACAGAUUUGUCUUUAGGGCCGGGGCGGGGGAUCGUUUCAUCGUAUUAUCCUCUUUUUUUCUUCCUUAAUGGUAUAGAGCGUAGAAGGUUGCGUUUUGGAAUUCAUCUCUCGUAGUUUUCUUGUUGUGCCUAUCGGUCCAAGCCCAAGUUGACUGUGUGAAUUAGUGGGUAAAGCCGAAACGUGGAACCGAAAAUUCUUUGUAUGACAAGAAAACACCAAGGUGGUCAUAAUUAAACUCUAUCAUCAUAUAGCUGUGGGUGAAUCCAGGUGGCUAAGAGAAGUUGUUUGUAUGAACUAGUGGUAGUGGUACCGGUACCAAUGAUACUGGUAUUGUACCUCUACUCAUUGGUGGCAUACCACUAUCUGUGGUGGGCUGGUGGCAUACCACUAUCUGCCGGUAGGAUAAAGUUUGGCGAUCAGA